UCUCUCGUAGAUUUUCUUGCAAAACAAACACGCAGUCACUCAUGACGGGCAACAUGGAUUCAGAUAAAGAAGAAUUCUUGAGGGAAUUCGGUGACGAUUACGGGUAUCCGAAUGCUCCAAAGAGCAUCGACGAAAUCCGAGCUACCGAAUUCAGGAGAUUGGAUCAUGAUGGUCUUGUGUACUUGGAUCAUGCUGGGACAACUUUGUAUUCUGAGACACAAAUGGAAGCAAUCUUCAAAGGUCUCACCACGAGUGUCUUUGGGAAUCCCCAUAGCCAAAGUGAUUCCAGCUUGGCCACUGCAGAAAUUAUAAGGGAAACUCGGCAACAGGUCCUUGAUUUCUGUAAUGCAUCUGCAAGAGAUUACAAAUGCAUAUUCACUUCUGGGGCAACUGCUGCCCUAAAACUUGUUGGAGAGGCCUUUCCUUGGAGCAGUCAAAGUACAUUCAUGUACACAAUGGAAAAUCAUAACAGUGUCCUUGGGAUCCGUGAAUAUGCCCUCAGUAAAGGAGCUACAUCCUUUGCAAUAGAUAUUGAAGAAGCUGCUCAUGAAGGUGGAGGAUGUAAAAGCCCUGUAUCUUCCAUCAAGGUUUUACAGCGCCCUACACUGAGGAGAAAUGAAGCGACACUCCUGGAAGAAGAGCCUUCAGGGAAUGCAUACAACUUAUUUGCUUUCCCCUCAGAGUGCAACUUCUCAGGUUCGAGAUUUAGCCUCCACUUGGUGAAUACUGUCAAGGAUGAUACUGCGAGAGUUUUGGAAGGAUCUCCAUAUUGCAAGGGUCGCUGGAUGGUUUUGAUUGAUGCUGCCAAAGGAUGUGCCACGAAACCACCAGACUUAUCAAAAUAUCAGGCAGAUUUUGUUAUCAUUUCAUUCUACAAGAUAUUUGGUUAUCCAACUGGUCUUGGAGCUCUCGUUGUUAGAACUGAAGCCGCCAAAUUGCUGAAGAAGUCAUACUUUAGUGGAGGCACUGUAGCUGCAUCAAUUGCGGACAUUGACUUUGUUAAGAGAAGAGAAGGCAUUGAAGAGUUUUUUGAGGAUGGCACUAUAUCAUUUUUGAGCAUAGCAUCGCUACACCAAGGGUUUAAAAUCCUCAAUACCUUGAGCAUGUCUGCUAUAUCCCGCCACACUUCAUCACUUGCCACAUAUGCAAGGAAGAUACUUUCAACGUUGAGGCAUGGAAAUGGUGGUUAUGUCUGCACAUUAUAUGGAAGGCAUGAGUCAGAGGUACUAUAUGAUGAACUGGGUCCAGUUGUUUCAUUUAACUUGAAAAGACCAGAUGGCUCUUGGUUUGGUUACCGUGAGGUGGAAAAGCUGGCUUCUUUAUCUGGAAUUCAGCUACGGACAGGAUGCUUUUGCAAUCCUGGAGCUUGUGCAAAAUAUCUUGGCUUGUCUCAUUCGGAUCUUCUUUCCAACAUUAAGGCAGGGCAUGUUUGUUGGGAUGAUCAUGAUAUAGUGAAUGGGAAACCUACUGGAGCUGUUAGAGUGUCGUUUGGUUAUAUGUCAACAUUUGAAGAUGCCAAGAAAUUGGUAAACUUCAUAGUGAGUUCCUUUGCAUCAUGGCCAACUCAGGCCGAAUGCGUAUAUCUAUCAAGAGCAAGGUCCAUUUGCUUUCCAGAUGAAGGCCUUAAACGAUCAACUGCAAAAUAUUUUCUUCGGUCUGUGACUGUCUACCCAAUAAAAUCGUGUGCUGGUUUCAGAGUAGACAGCUGGCCUCUAAGCAGCACAGGCUUGCUUCAUGAUCGGGAAUGGCUUCUCAAAAGCCUGAGUGGUGAGAUCCUUACACAAAAGAAGGUUCCGGAAAUGUGCCUUAUUAGUACAUAUAUUGACCUCAAUUUGGGGAUACUGUUUGUUGAGUCACCUCAUUGUAAGAUGAAACUGCAGAUUCGACUUAGAACAGAUUUUUCUACUGCUGGGGGAGAUGAAUUAGAUCUAUAUUCCCAGAGAUAUGAAGUGCGAGGUUAUGAUAAUGAAGUUAGCAUUUGGUUUAGCAAUGCUGUUGGCCGACCUUGCACUUUAUUAAGAUGUUCAGGCUCAAAGAAUUCAUUCUGUCCAGAGAGGGGCAACACCAAAGGCAUGUGCAGAGAUGUGGAGACCAAAUUGAAUUUUGUCAAUGGAGCUCAGUUAUUGCUGAUCUCUGAGGAAAGUGUAUCCGACCUGAACAACAGAUUAAGCUCGAAUGUGCAGGAAGGCCUUGAAGGACCACCAAUUCAAGUCAAUCCAAUGAGAUUCCGCCCCAACCUUGUCGUAUCUGGUGGAGCACCCUAUGCAGAAGAUGAAUGGAGAAGUCUUAAAAUUGGAAAUCAAAAUUUUGUGUCAUUAGGUGGAUGCAACCGCUGCCAGAUGAUCAAUUUAAAUCCUCAAGAAGGAGAAGUGAGGAGAUCAAGGGAACCCUUGGCUACUCUAGCAUCAUACAGGAGAGUGCAGGGGACAAUACUUUUUGGCGUUCUUCUGAGAUAUGAUAAUAGAGAUGACGUAGGGCAAGAUAUGGAUUCAUGGCUUGAGGUGGGACAGGAAGUACAUCCAAAUACAGACUAGCUGUAAGGAUCUACUAGGAACUGCAUGAAGAUUAAGAGAGAAGUAAUUACUUCAUUCACCUCUUGAAUUAAUCUAUCGCCUAUAUCUGCGACUACAUUACACUGCAGCCUCGCCAAAGAAGGGGAUAUAAACUAUACGCAAAUCAUCAAAUACCAUAGUGAAGGUCCGGCAUAUACUUGUGUUCAUAAUAUAUGAAUCUGUACCCAUAAAAAUAAUACGUAAAUCUCUGUUUGCAAUCCACUCUGGGUACAUGUAACACCGUCUUUGCGCAUUCUAUGUAACAUGCAAGAGGAGACUUAGAUCUUGACUUUUGUCUCCACACUUAAUCUUACAUUUUGGUUAUAUAACAACUAAAUUUUGGUCCUUUUCGUAA